AGAGCCCGGACUCUACCUCCAUCACGCAUGGACCGCAGCGCAGAGUUCAGGAGGUGGAAGGCGCAGGGUCUGAGCAAAGCAGACCUCAGCAGGAAGGGCAGUGUAGACGAGGACGUGGUCGACCUUGUACAACUCCUGAACACGCAAGAGCAGUUUUUCACCACCAGUUCCUGCGCCGGCCGCAUCCUCCUCCUAGACGGGGGUAUAAGUGGUUUUGAGAUUCAGAAACAAAACUGUUGCUGGCUGCUGGUUACCCACAAACCUUGUGUAAGAGAGGAUGUGUUGGCAGCUCUGAAGAAAGCCAGUGGCGAUGCAGUUUUGAAAUUUGAGCCAUUGGUCCUUCACGUGCAGUGUCGGCAGCUACAGGAUGCACAGAUUCUGCAUUCAGUGGCAGUUGAUUCUGGUUUCAGGAACUCUGGCAUCACAGUGGGAAAGAAAGGAAAGACUAUGCUGGCUGUCCGGAGUACACAUGGCUUAGAAGUUCCUUUAAGCCAUAAGGGAAAACUGAUGGUGACAGAGGAAUAUAUUGACUUCCUGUUAAAUAUAGCGAAUCAAAAGCUGGAGGAGAACAAGAAAAGAAUUGGAAGGAUUCUGUUCCUGGGUGUGGGUUCCGCUACUUCUGCUAGAGGGAUAGGUCUUACGCGUGUCAACAGGAGAGAUGCACCCCUGGUUUUACAACUGUCUACAACGUGCUUUGGAAAGAGAAACAGUGACUAACUUACAUCCCAAGAUCAAAGAGAAAAAUAAACCAUCUUCUUCUCCUAAGAAAGAAAGAAACACAGCCAACGCACAAGGAAAAUGUAGCCCUGAAGAAAAUGAAAAAGAAAUUGAAAAGGAGGGCUAUGAGGAGCUAGGAAUCAGUGGUACUAUCUUCCCUGAAGAUUACUAAGAUUUAAUUCUGAAGUAUUUUGAUCGAAUAUUGUUUGUAAUAGAUUUUAUAAUGCUCUUUAUAAGAGCUUUUGUAGGCCUGGUGAUGUAGCUCAGUGGCACAAAUGCCUGCCUGGCAGUUACAAGGUCCUGAGUUCGAUUGUUGGGACAAUAAAUAAAUAAAUAAAACAGUU